AAAGGUCAAGAGGUCAAGAGGUCAAGCUCCUCCUUGUCUCCUACAAUCUCCAAACCUUACUGUUGGUGUCAAAUUUGAUCACUUUAAAAAUAUGAAUAAAAAAAAUGUAAAAGGUCAUCAGAGGUCACCAGAGGUCAACCAAAAUCAAACAUUGGUAUCAAUCAACUCUGCUGGUUUGUGCUGGUUUGUUCAGCAGCCAUUAUGUUUGAUUUCAUAAAUGCAGGAGGGCUAGGCGACCUCUGAAAACUUUUUUAUUAAUAUCUUUAAAACACAGCGGCACAAACACAAAUAUUUGCGGCACAAUCGCAGCACAAACGUUUGACACCAAUGUCCUUCGUUUGGGGAAACGAUGGAAACGUCACUCAGGUUGGAUUUAGAGCCGAUUCUUAGACGUCAGGCAGCCGAUUUAAAAUCCAUACAAACAUUAAAACCACCGGCGGGACGAGCAGAGAGUCGCUGCUGCUAGUCUGCAGGGAAGGAAAACGCUUCACCCUGAAACGACUCAAUGCUUCACCAGUUCAAAACCCAGCAUGGACCGUCUGACAGCUGGUUCUGGAGGCCCGACCCGGUUCAGCCCCUGGGUUCUGGUUUUGGAGGAAGUGUGAAUCAAAGGUCUGUUUAUAGUUUGUGAAAGUGCUGCUCGGGGGAAUCGUCUCACUUCUUCAUUUCCAGCCGACGGAGACGCAGAUCGGAGGACGGUCUCUCUAGCGCCCCCCGCAGGCUCACUCCGUUCCCUUCCAGAGAACCCGAACCUGAAUCUGCGGGGUGUGAAUACUUUCAGCUCCUGCAGACCCAGAUGUUCCGCUCAGUGCUGCCCCUGCUGGUCACUCUGAGUCCGGCUCUUCUCUUCCUGCUGCUCACUCGCGGCUCCGUGACGCAACAGGAACUGUGGGAGGACUACAAAUAUGGCCGCCACAUCGCCGAGCCACUGCAGCGCGACUGCAGCUGGAGAUGCAUGCUGUUCACCCUGCAGUGGCCGGGGGGGUUCUGCCAGUCUUUGUACAAAGAGACUCAGUGCACGAUUCCUGAGAACAUCAGCAGCUGGACCAUCCAUGGCCUCUGGCCUCUCCAUGUCCAGUCCUGCUGCACCUGCUGGCCCAUCUUCCACUCUGACCUCCAGGAGGUGGAGGAGGAGCUGUUGGAGUUCUGGCCAUCUCUCCUGAAAACCAAACCGUGCUUCCGUUUCUGGAAGGAGGAGUGGCUGAAACACGGCUCUUGCGCUGCGUGUGUUGAAGGAUUCAACUCUCCUCUGAAAUAUUUCCAGAUCUGCCUGAAGCUGCGCCAUCAGUUUGAUCUCUACAAGAUGCUGGCGGAAGCAGGAAUCACUCCGUCCUGUGAUCGACUCUACAAGGUUGCAGAGCUGCAGCAGGUCCUGCUGCCGCAUGUCGGAGACAAACAUGAGAUCCAGUGCAUCAAAGACCAGCAGGACAGGCAGGUUCUGUUCCAGGUGAAGGUCCAGUUGACCCGGAACCUGACUGUCGGCUGUGGUCACCAUGGCGACGGCGGGCUGGGCCCCGGGCCCGGGCCCUCUCCGGGCCACCCCUGCCCUCCGGACGCUCUGCUCUACUACUUCCCCAUCAACCACCAGGAGCCGUGGCGGCCCUGCGGCUGACCCGACCCGACCCGAUCCGAGAUGUUCUGGAACGUCCUGCUCUGCUUUCCCUCCAGUUCGGACUCGGAACCGUUCAGAUCAAUGUUUGUUUUCGCUAAGCAGCAUCAACAUGAUUAAAUUGUUAAAUCUAAUAAAAGGCUCCAACAGUC